UGAAACAAAAGUCUUUGCUGAACAUGCUUUCACCUCCACGUUUAGCUCCAAGGCAAACCCACUGAAAGGAAACUCCAACCGUGUAAUCCCAUUUUAAUCCCCAGACCUAACUAAUCACCUGUCUCAAAUGUAAACUGGCUCAGUGGGAUUCCACGGGUUUUACGGGACGUCAGAGUCAAUAAGUUGCCCAGUUGUAGUCGGGACGCUCAAGGAUGGAGGUCAUCCCAACGGCAUAAAAGAACAAAAACACAAACCAUGGGACAGACGCAGCAAACGGAGAACACGGGAGAAAUCGAUGUCAAAGCGCUUCAGGAUAUGUAUAAAAAAUUUGUCACCGAAUGCCCGAGUGGACUACUUUUUCUGCAUGAAUUCAAGCGUUUCUUUGGCGUGAAUCCAACGGGUGAGGCAUCGGAUUAUGCGGAGAAUAUGUUUCGAGCUUUUGACACGAACGGGGAUAACACAAUAGAUUUCCUCGAGUUUGUGGCAGCCUUGAAUCUGGUUUUUCGGGGAGACAUGGAGCAUAAACUGCGCUGGUCGUUCAAGGUGUAUGACAAAGACAACAACGGCUUUGUUGACAAGGAGGAGCUCCGGUCAAUAAUCCACAGCAUUUAUCGCGUCAAGAAAGGCACAAAAGCGGACACCAACGACCAACAUUUCACAGUCGACGACGCUGUGGAACGAAUACUGCAGGCUGUUGACAGAGAUGGCGAUGGUCGUAUUACGAUGGAAGAGUUUAUCAGAGGAGCGCAGCAGGAUCCCUGGGUGCUCAAUAUGCUGAAGUUGGACAUAAAUCCUGUACUCUGGGUUCUCGAGCAGAGGAGAAAGAGCGCACACUUCUGAAAAUGGCAAAAAUACACACGUCAGGCCUUUCCGACAUUGAUAAGACAUUUAAUCGUGGCUGUUAUUGACAGAGGGUAUUCAGCAGAGAACACCUUUUGCGACGGAUUAGAGCAGAGACGGACGGCCUCGGCCUGUUGCCCGACAUCGGCAUGUGACCUCGGAAAUGCAACCUUUUGAAAAAAAUGGUCCGUAAUUCCCAUAAACACACUCCUAAAUCUUGUGGAAAGCUUCAUCGGAAGAGCUGAAGCUAUUCUCGUUGCAACGAGUAGACCUGCGUCUUCUCAAACCUGAUUUAUUAAGAAACAGAUGUUACGAAAGUUCACAAGUGAGUCAAGGCAGGUCUUGCUUUUGGCAAGAGACAGUACCCGUACAUCAAAUGUCUUUUUUGCAUGUAGUUCCAUGCUCAUCGACUGGAAGAUGUGCAAGUGGCUACAAUUAGUUCUAUGGCAAACUUUUAUACCAUGCGAAGUUAAAAUCUCAGAAGACGUAUAAUCUAAAGAAGAUUGUAUAAUCUACCUUAGUUAUUUUUACACAGCGGCGACAACUCAUUUAAUCAAAUACCCAAAUCAGGAAUCAAAUCAGCAAUACCAUUGUUUGUCUUUAAUGUACAUAACGCUUAUAAAGAAUGUCAUGCUGCAAAGCAAGUAAAAAGAUCUCACGUGA